AUGAAAAAAGACAGAUAAAAUUAUUAUUUUAUAGUUGUGAAUAAGACAGGAGGUUUAUAAUUCUUUUCACAACUCAAAGAAUAGUAUAGAGAGGAUUAAGAUAAAAUAACUACAAAUUAAGUUUUACAGGCAUCAUCAAUAUUUUAUGCAAUUGAUCACCUUACACAAACAAUAAUUCCUGAAGCUAUUUACAAGGUCGAGUAAGAUAAGGAUAAAGAUUUUGAAAGAGACAAUGCCAUAGAUUUGUUAAUAACAGAAAAUUAUAUGGUCUCAACAUUGAAAACUUUGACAGGAUUACGCUUUUUGGUUAUUUCAAAUAAAAAUUUGGAAGUACCAAAAAAACAUGAAGACAACGUACAAAAGAUGAGACAGAUUUAUAGAUUGUAUACAGAUUAUUUUUCAAAAGACCCUUUUUAAUCAGAUGAUUAACCAUUGGGGGAAAAGAAAAGAACUCAAUUUGAUAGGGAUGUAAGAGAAUUGCUGGAUUUUUGAAUAAAUUAAAUGAUAUGUAAAUUUGAUUGAUUUGAGUAUUUCGCAA